AUGCUAUCUUUGACUACCAUCAAGCCUAGGGACAGAGAUUGCUACUCGAUUACUAAGCAGCUUACUGAGCAGACUGCGAUCCUCAAGGACAGUCAGGACUUUUCUUUAGCCGAAUCUCUACAACGCGAAAUCCAAAAGGCAAAGCAAGACAUUCUUCAGAAGCUUAGCGUAGCAGAGGAUGCACGGCAGGCUUUUGAGCGUGAUUGUUUAGAGCAAGCUCAAAAGCUAGCCAUGACGUCCGAACAGAAAGCGUGGGCCGAAAACGAGGCUCUUCUUCAAAAGGAGAUAGAGGAGAGCAUUGCACAACUCCAAGAGGACCAAGAGGUCGAGCUAAGGCGUCUAGAGUCUAAACUUUCAUCAGACAACCCGAAGGUCUAUUUUUCCUCUAAGGUUCUUGGGUUACGGAAGGAAGCAGCCACCCUCUUUAAGCUCAAAGAGUUUGAGAGAGCCAAGGAGUCUGCUGCUCUGGCGGACAAGGAGGAGAAGGCCUUUCUGGCCCAGCUAGAGCGUGAGCGGGUGAAGAAAGCGGACAUCGAAAGGAAAAAGCUUUAUGACAAGCACGAUAAGGAGAUAGCUGUGCUAGAGUAUAGAAACUAUCUCAAAUUCUGUGAGUUCUGGACCACACGAAACGCGGCCUUGGCUGCUACAGCACAGAGGGGAAAGAAUUUCAAGCAAGAUCUAGACAUCGCGCACAAAGAGGAGUACAUCAACUUGCGAGCUCGUUGUGUUGAUAGGGACAUUGUUUCCAAUCGUAAAAGCUAUCAAUCGGCAUCAGCAACGUUUCGAGGCUCUUCCUUUCUCAAGCUCGCUCGCACACACGCCAGUGCGAACGAGUAA